GCGAUUGUGGCAGAUAUAAAGGCUUCUUUUCCUCGUGAUGCCAGUAGUUGCUCGCAACAGUUUGUAAAAAAAUGUCCAAAUCUAUUGUACUGUGCCUCCUUGUUCUGUGCAUCAGCGCUAGCCUGAUUUCCGCUGACUCUGCAUCCUCUCGUCGUUGUCCCAAGCGUAAUCAGCGAUGGAACAAUUGUGGCACCGCUUGCCCUCUUAAAUGCUCGCAAUUGAAACCAGUACCAUGCACCAAACAAUGCGUUAUUGGAUGCGAAUGUAUUCCUGGCACCGUCCUCCGUAAAGACAAUGAGUGCGUGAGCCCAAAGGACUGCAAGAAAAUUUAGACUUAAUACUUGCAAAGAAUAUUUUGUAACAAGCUUAUCAACAGGCAAUAAAAGCAUUUUACUAUGAGCAUGAACAA